GAGUUAACAUGUUACGUAUGUAACAAACAAGAUGGCUGCGCCCUUGCUGAGACACAUCUUGCGACCGAAUACUAUCAGAAGUGCUUUCUUAGCAUUAUCUCAUAAAAACAACAAUGAUGUUCCUUGUCGGUACUUGAGGAAUUCCAAGAAUCUUCCCCCUUUUUUGAAAGAACAAGUCAAAAGAAGGAAAUUAGCUGGUCCGGAACCUAUUAGGCACCCCUCUGCAUUCGGUUCCUGGAACUAUGAUGCUGAGCUGUUUGCAUUUGGUAAAAGGGUUGGAGAAGAUUUUGAUGAAGAAAUACUGAAGGAAGCCUUCAUUGUCCAAUCAUCCAUUGAGAAGGAAGCAGAAGAAAGAAAGAAAGUUGGAGUUGAAAUACAGAUGUUGUCUAGUAUAUGUAACGAGGAGCUGUCACUUGAAGGAAAACAAAUAGUUCAGAAAUAUUUGAAGGCAUACCUACGAUUUAAUUUUCCAUAUAUGUUUGAGGAAGGCAUUGGUUCCAUUUGUGAUUUUCUAAUGAAUACAGAACUACUAGCUCAUGUUGGGAAGUUAAUAGGAAUAACAGAUUUAAUCCAGUCAAAGUAUUACCCUCCAACAGAAGAGGAGAUGAGUGAGACAUUUUUGGCUAUAGUGGCUGCAUUAGGGAGAAGUCAGAGUGAGGAGAGGGCUGGAGUGUUCGUUGUGGACUUUCUUACGCCUCGUCUUGUAGGAAAGGACGUAAACGAGAUGUGGAAGUUAGAUAAUCCCAUGGGUUUACUUAGCGCUGUUCUUCAAUCCAAAGGGAUGUCAACCCCAGAAUCCAGACUCCUUUGGCAGACUGGCUGUACAUCUAUUAUGUCGGUGUACCAUGUGGGUAUCUACAGUGACAAGGAACUCAUAGGCAGAUCCCCUGGAGAAACCUUGGCAAUAGCUGAGGAGCAAGCUGCAAGGGAGGCUCUCAAAAACUUGAUGAAAACCGAUGAAGCCCGUCCUCCACUGCAACCCAGCUCAAACGUACCAUUGGGGUCAUUAGAUCUGGACAAGAAAAAUCCCAGUGCUGAAUUGUUACUGAAACUUUACUCAGAAUCAGACACUAGUUCACAGGCAAAACAAACUCAGUAACCACAGGAGGAACGAUAGUGUUUUAUAUUUCUGUUGUUUAUGCAGGUAUCAAACAUGGUGCUUGUCAGAGCUGUAUGGUGGAAGUAUUAAUUACAAUGCAUGUCUUUUUGAUUUGUCUUUCAAUGAUCACAAGUCUUCAGAUUGAAUAUGUUAGAUAUAGGCCUACCAAUACAUAGUACAUAUUACUCUUAAAAAGAUAGUUUACUCUCUUUAUUCCUGCUAAAAAAUAGUAUUGAGUAGGAUGUCCAUACGUUAUGAAGUCCACAGCAAAUCCAGCUGAUACACACAUUUUGUACAUGUUACUUUUAGGAGUAAAUUUAUUGAGGGUGGAGAGUGAGACAAUUAGUACCCAUGACCUUCUCCUUGCAGAAGGACAGCAGUAAAACCAUAAUUUACAAUGCUAAUUGAAAAGCUAGUUGCAUUUUCAUUAGAUUGAUAGUAAAUUGAAUUACCAGUAACAGUCUUGAUACUGAGAUAAUGUUCUUAUAUAACACUAAGAAGAGCACUGGGAAUUUGUAUUAUGGAGAGCUUUUGUGUAAAUUAAAAUGCAAAGGAAAAGGAAGUCUACAUCAUUAUAAUGAAUUAGAGUGUAAAACAUUUGUAUGAUCAUGAUCAUCAUAUACAUAUAUCUACCUUGUUAUAGUCUCCCCUUCACAGAAUGUGAAUUCUUCUUCCACUUCUCAUACAAAGUUUGUCUGGGCCAUAACUUUUUUGUCUGUUGACAUAGGCCUUUGAUAUGUGGGUAUACAAUAUAAGACAGUGUCAGGUCCCGUUUUGAUGACCUUUGACCUUUUAUGUAAAGGUCAAAUAAUAUAAUUUUGUGGACAUUUUUUGACAGCUUUGAUAUUGGUAUACACCUCAUUGUCCUUGUGUUGUCAGUAAUAAUUACCCCUGAUUAGGUUAAAUGUUCAUAUCUCGCAACUAUGCAUGCACUACUAGUAUUUGACAACUCUUGGAUAGGAAUUUGUCCCCCCCCCCCCUCCUUUUUUUUUUAUCCGUCUCCCUCUCAAUUGUGAGGAUAAAAAAUAUCAAUCACUUCUUUUUUAUACUCUUUCAGAAUGUUUCAUUAUUAUGUGAAAUAUCUAUGUACCAAACAUGCUGUUGUGAUUGCAGUUUUGGGCACGGCUGUUCGGGGUUGUCAAAUAAAUUUGAUAUUUAGUGUUAUUUCUCUGUUUUAAAAUUGACAUGUAUACUUAUUUUUGAUGUUUUAAAUUAUGUUACGUC